GGCUGGUACUGCGCCGGUACAUACAUCGAUGGGCCUGUGCGCGGCCUGAACGCCACCGUCGGAAAUUGCGACCUACUGGACCUCUUUUUCCUACACCCAGCAGGCCAAAAAACGCGGUCUGCGCAUCAUCACCAAUAUUCGCGUCUAAGCAGGACCGAUCUCGACCAUGGCUAGCUCUAGGCUAGCCUUGGCACUUCGACACUCCCUCCUAUGGCCAAGAACAGUGGCUUUGCAAAGCGUCCGGCGACCUGCCUACCUAAUUUCCCCAUUCUGGAAUCAUCUUCCCGGACUAUCGUUACUCCAAUUUUGGCAAUACCGUACCCAGCAUACUAUAGGUUCGUCAAGAACUAGGCGCUCCGAGCCCUUCCUAGUGGACUCGGCGAUUCGCGGCGAUUCAGGAAGGAUAUACAAAGUUGAGGAGAUUCUAUCGGUGCGCCGAAAGCCCCUGUUGUGUGUGUACCGCGCCAGUUCCGAAGGGAAGCAGUUCAUCCUGAAGGACAUGAUCAAAGGGGAGUUCGACUAUCAACUGUCCCUGCAGACCCCCCUUGCCCCAUGCCCAAAUAUCAGGGUGCUGGUUGACACCAUUCGCGACGACGAGAUGUUUGUCUAUGACUUCCUCCCAGGCGACCUCCUCCAUCUCUCCCAGCAGGCCCUGUCAACGCAGACACGGAGGCACAUCCUAAAGAGUGCCCUCCUCGGACUUGCCGAAUUGCAUGACAGAGGCAUUAUCCACACAGACAUCAAGCCUAACAACAUCCUCCUGGACUACGACACGUCCGGCCCAGAUAUCCGCAUCACCCAAGUGCGUAUCUCGGACCUAGAAGAUUCUGUACUCCUUGGCCCAGGCAAGAGCAUAAAAGGCUGUCUCUGCGGCAACGAGCUCUGGCGGAGCCCCGAGUCCUGGGCGCGGGCCAAGCAAAAUACUCCAUCCGACAUCUACUCGUUCGCCAUCAUGGCUAUCUACGUCAUGAGCAACGAGAUAGUCUUCCGCGUGAGUGACGAGGAGCUGAAGAGCGACAUGGCUUGGUGGCACAUUCUCCGGCGUCACAUCUCGUACUUUGCCGACGAGAGUGGGUUUCAGGGUCUACUUGGUCAUAUCGGGGAGGACAACCCCUUCUUCGAGCGGCUGAUUGCCCUGACUGGCGACUUUAACGCCGAGAAACCCAGGCAGCCGUUCGCCCUUUGGCAUUACGUGGAGCCGGAUUUCCGCGACUUGGUGGGCAAGAUGGCGAAUCUGGAUCCGAACAGAAGGAUAACCGCGAGGGAGGCUUUAGAGCAUCCUUGGUUUAAGAAGGCAGUGUUGUAGUUCUAAGGGGUAGGCUGCAAGCGUCGGCGCGUAGCACGCCCAGGGCUUCUGCAUGGCACUACAGAACUGAAACAGUCUCUCUACAAGUCUCCGUUUCACGCCCACGUCUUGAGCCAGGAUUUUUCAAGCCUCAAUGUUCACAGCACCCGUGGAGAUCAACAACUCAAUUAAGCAUUAGGUAAUAUACCCC